CAAAAGUUGAGAGGGAUGCAUGCAUGGAUUUGAAUUCAUGCUAUUAAUUUCACAACACCCCAUCAAGCUAGACAGCGCUCUCAAGCUGUCUUUUUGAAUUAGACAAAUUGAUAAUUCAUUGGAAUUACCAUAGUUUAUAACACAAGUUAUAUUUACUCGUAUUUUGUUCACUGUCAGCUUUGUGGUUGCACAACUUAAACACUAGGGAGCUUGCUGUAUUUAAGGUGAUCUCUCCACGAAAUGAAAGUAAGCGUGCUACACUGUCGUUGUUCCAAAUGCUUCACGGUUCCAGCACGGAAGCGGGUCCGGAAGCGUGUUCCAGCCCUAACACUGCUGUCUCUUCCCGAAGAGGUGCUUCUGUGUGUGCUCCAAUGCCUCUCUGCUGAGGACCUGCUGGCUGUCAGAGCUGUACACUCUCAGCUCCGUGACAUCGUUGAUAACCACUCUAGUGUUUGGGCCCGGGUCAGUUUCAGGGAUACCUGGCCAUCCCCCAACACAGUCUGGCUCUUUGAGAGGGCCGCAGAGAAGGGGAACUUUGAGGCAGCUGUAAAACUAGGGAUUGCAUAUUUGUACAAUGAAGGACCGUUGCUGAGUGAUGAAGGGCGUGCCGACGUGUGCGGCCGGAAGGCGUCCCAGUUCUUCAGCCUGGCGGAGAGCCUGCGUUCCCCUACCGCCGACCCCUUCAUCUGGGUGUUCAUCCGCCCGCCCUGGUCCCCCACUGGGAGCUGCUGCAAGGCUGUGGUGUUUGACAGGCUCAAGGCGGAGUGUGAAACCAAUGUGGAGAGGAGGGGUACUUUGCUGCACUGUCUGGCCAGAGUCCUCCAGCUUUUUGAUGAGGAGGACAAGCGCGCCGAGGCCCUGACACUACUUGAAGAGUCGUCUCAGUCGGGCUGUCUACAGAGUGCUUACCUGCUUUGGGAACAUAACCGUAAAACCGCAAUGGCGGACCCAGGCAGGUAUCUCCAGUUCAUACGCACGCUCAGGGACUACGCAGCCAAAGGAUGCUGGGAAGCACAGCUGUCCCUGGCCAAGGUGUGCAGCAGUGACAACCCGUUGGGUCUGGAGCAGAGGGCCUGUGCCGACCUUGUGGCCCAGCUGUUUCGCUCCUGUCCCCCCGUGCCCCGACGCAGGGCGGAGGAGGUGCUCCGACAGGGCAUCAACGACACCAUGAGAUACAUCCUGGUGGACUGGUUGGUGGAGGUAACCACCAUGAAGGACUUCUCCAGUCUGACCCUCCACGUGACGGUGGGCUGUGUGGACCGCUACCUGGCCCUGCGCUCCGUGCCCAAGGCCCGCCUGCAGCUGCUGGGCAUCGCCUGCAUGGUCGUCUGCACGCGGUACAUCAGUAAGGAUAUCCUGACCAUCCGGGAGGCGGUGUGGCUCACAGACAACACCUACAAGUAUGAGGACCUGGUCCGCAUGAUGGGGGAGGUCAUCUCUGUGCUGGAGGGCAAGAUCAGGACUCCCACUCUGCUGGACUACGGCCAGGUGCUGCUGUCUCUGUUACCCCUAGAGCGGCUCAGUGUCCACCUGUUCAGCUACUUGUGUGAGCUCACCUUGCUCUACUCAGCCCUCACUACAUACUCCUCAGCCCACCUGGCCAACGCCAUCCUGCUGCUCACACGGGCACUGCACCACUACGCUCCCAUCUGGCCCAUCCAGCUGGCUGAGUAUACAGGCUUCUCCAAGCAGGACCUGGUCCCCUGCACUUUACUACUCUAUGUCAAGUGCUUCAGUAAGGAUGUACCCAAAGACUACAGGCAAAUGUCUCUGACAGGUGUCAAGCAGAGGUUUGAGGAUGAGGCCUACCAACACAUCAGCAAAGAAAAGGUGAUUGAUUUCAAGGAGCUGUGUCAGGUCCUGGAGGUCCCGGAGGUGGAACCCUACAUGGUGCUGCCCAGCCCCACGGGCCAGCCAGCUGACAUCCACACCUUCCUCUCCUCCCCCUCCAGCAACAGCAAGAGGAGACGGGAGGAGUCAUUGCCUGUGCACCGAGGCAGCUUUGUGGCCACACCCACGGCUGAGCUGUCCACUCAGGAAGAGACCCUGGUGGGGGACAUGCUGGACUGGAGCCUGGACACCUCAUGUUCCGGAUACGAGGGGGACCAGGAGAGCGAAGGAGAGAAGGAGGCCAAGGAGGGAGAGACCUCUGUUCUGGCCAUGACACUGGAGCUAGCAACGGAGCCCGAGGACUCCAAACUGCACUGCCGAGCCCUCUCCAGCGACGAUGACAGUUUCUGUGAGGGGAACAAAGAGGAAGAGGAGUAUGAAGGGGAGGGGAGCGCCAGGAGCCGACCGCGAGAGCCCCUCUCCUCAUUCAUCACAACCGAAUUCCACAGCUCAGGCUACUCCUCUGUCCAGAGUGCCAGCCCUUCCUCCAAUUCCUCUUCACUCCUGAUGCCCUGCACCUUCACGGCGCUGCCUCCAGACCCCACUCCAGGCUCCGCCUCCAGCAUCACAGUGGCUCUGCCCGGGUUCCGCCUCCUGGUGCCGGUGCAAAGACCCCGGGCUGCAGCUCGCAAACAGUGCAUUGAUCCAGAUUGUGUUCCGCGCUGGUCUCACACAUUGACUUUUGCAACAACAACCUAUCUCAGAUGUCAAAGGAUUGCAGCUACCACCUAAAAAGAGAGACACCUCAUGGACCAUUUUGAAAUAUGUCUGUAUGAAGACUUUCACAUGUGAAAAGAACCACAACCUGCAUUGUUGACUGUAUUUGAUUACAAUUAUUAAUCAAUGCAACAGUUUUUUGUUUUGCUCUCUGCAACUCUUCUGAUGUUGGGAGUUUCAUGAAUCCCUGUUUUAUACCAGUGAAGAGAUUCUGAUAUGCACUGCCUGUACAGAAUGGUCAGGAGUUGGCUACUCUGUACUAGCCUGGGAUCCAAACUGAGUAGUGAAACAAAGCCAUGUUCAGUUUGGAUUCCAGGCUCGAUCUGUACUUUAGAUAUCUACUAUUGUGUAGUCUAAAGCCUUUUUUUGAGUCUGAAUUUUCUCUGAUCCAUUUUUGUCAUUUUGUUCACAUACCAAAGGUACUUUAAAACUUAAUUGAGGGGACUAUCGGUGGGUAAAUAGCUUUUACCUGUAAAGACUGAUAGUAAUUCAAGCGUACGGAAAUACAUUCUUAGCUACAGUUUUGUAUGUACUGUACAUGUGCUGCAUGUACUGUACUGUUUAGAGUUGGAGCACAGGAGAGAACCUAUACUACAGGAACAAAUCAAUUCUACAAGCUUUAACAAGAGAAAGGUAUUGUUUCAUUUGAAAACAGCAUAACAUUUUGUAGAAGCAGAAUAUUUCAGUCAUCCCCACCACCCCUAACCUUUGAACCCAUAACACCUAAUUUCAUGGGUGAUAGCACAUGAUUACACCUGUCUGUUAGAAACCACUAAAAUGUAUGCCCUAGAAAUAUAAUAGAUGAUAUAGAUUGUAUUUCUAUGGUUCAAUCAUCAGUGAUGUCAUCUGAACAUUGAGCCAUGAACAUUGACCAAUGAGGUCACAGUUUAGUAACUAAGAGGUGCACAGUGCGACAUGAAAUUUGAAGUUCAGAACAUCUAACAAGUUUUGUCGAAGCAAGUCUAUUCGUUUUGCCCACCGUUUCUCCCAAUGGGUUUGUCUUGAAUGAGGUCUGGCACUUCUAUUGAAUAAGGAGCGUUUGUUUUUCCACAGUGAUGUUUUCUAUGCUUGAACAAUCAACUACUAAUGUUAUUCCAUUAAGUGGAGUUGCAUUGCCUCCUUUUGGGGAAACGGAAGUGAAGACACUAAAAGGCAAAUGAUUACUUGAUGUGUUGAUAAGUACUGUAUGCCUACAUCAGGACACGGAGUCCUUGGGCUCCGUCUGAAAUGUCAUCCUGUUCCAUAUGUAGUGCACUUUUUCCCGCAGCCCCAUUGGUCUCUGGUCAAAGUAGGGCACUGAAUAGGGUGCCAUUUCAGACACAACCCUUGUACACAAAUGAUUGUGACUGUAAAUAUGUUUUUAAAACUCUUAGGUCAGACUCUUUAUAUCCCUGGUCUGUUAUGUACAUAUGUAAAUGUGGCGGGGGGGAGAAAGAACUGUGACAAUAUGCCUUUUACUUGAAAUUGGAUGAUUGGUUUUGGCUUCAUUCCAAGAAGGACACGUCUUUUUCUACAUAAAGGUUGACAUUUGGCUUGUUUUUUUUUGUCUACAUUGUACCAUCAAGUGACUUGUGUGAAGAUAUUUCUGUGCACCUGGUAUCAAUUUCUAUUAAAACAAGCAUGUGGACUUGCA